GGUCGGGAACAUGGAAUAGAAGCCUGGGCCCCAGUUCACGCGGCUCCGCGGUUCAGGGGACGUGACUGGGCUCAGAGGGAGCCGCUGCUCACGGGGAGAAGUCGGGGGCCUGACGGAGGUUGGGGACCACAAGAGACCGGGGGCUGCGCGCCUAGCGCCCGGGGGACGGAAAGGACCGGACCGAGGGUGUGCGCGGAGAGGUGCCGGGGCGCGGCGGAGGUGACUGCUGAGCCGGGGCAGAGCGAGGGCCGGGGAAGGGCGGCCGAGGGUCCGAUAGGACGACCCCGAAGCGGGCAGUGGACAGUGACCGGUGCUGUCAGACCCUCCCAGGGUUCUGGGCAGAGCACACGGGUACUACACCCCCGAGAAUCGGCGGGGACUGCAACGAACUUCCGCGGCACAUCCGGGAUACAGAGCUGCGAUCAUCCGUAACCAGGCGACCGGCGGGCCGCCGCCAGGUGCGCAAGCGCAGUUCGCCGCGGCGGCCCGCGCUUGCGCGGUUGCCUUCCGCCGGUCUCCCAGCCUUCGAGCGCAUCCCACGGCAGAAUGGGAGGAACGCGCCUGCGCCGGGGCACCGCUCGGGCUCUCGGCCCAGCCGAAUAGCCGUUCUCGGGGGGUGCGCCUGCCGGUGCCGGCCGUUCAAAACCGGUUCCUCACUUGGUUCUGACUGAAGAAUCUCGACUCUUGUCACGUCCUAAGACGAGGAAAGACAGAAAGGGCCAGGACGACGUCCUGGGGCGGCCACCGCUCGCGGGGCCGGCAGUCACAAUUAAGGAGAACCUGUAUCCUGCUUCUUUCUGUGAGCAACAUCUAAUCGUGCAAGGGAGCAACCAUGCAGCCGCCGCCCCAGGCAGUCCCGUCAGGCAUGGUUGCGCCACCUCCAGCCAGGAAUCCUCAGGGCACGUUCUGGUCUCGCAGUCCAUAUAGGAGACAGGCGAACAAUAACGCUCCCGUGGCUCCGAUAACUUGCCCGUUGCAGCCGGUAACGGAUCCGUUUGCUUUUAGCAGACAGGCGCUCCAAAAUACUUCACUGGGCAGUUCGUCCAAAAUCAGCCUGCCCCUUUUGCAAGGCCCAGCCGCACAAGCGCCUCUUCAGCACUCUGGUCUGCCUGUGCCUCCCGCAGAUGCCAGGGACAGCUUGCAAGGACCCCAGCAGCCUCUGCUGGGGCCUCUGUUGCAGCCCAGAACAGAGGCUAGUCUGCUUACUGGCAUGUCGAACCCUUCAGCUUCACCAGGGCCUGAGUCGAACAGGAGUGCUGAGGUCACUCCCAGCUCAGAGCCCGAAGUUCAGACUCCACUGUACCCUUCUCAGUACAUUCCAGGGGCGGGUCCUGGGAACCUGCCUGGGCCUGACAGAGCCCUGAGCAGGCAGAACCCGCACAACACCGCUGUGGCCCCCUCAGCAUCCUCUGUUUUCUCUCAGCCUCGUCAUCAAGUGCCAGGGCAGUGGGGACCUGGGCAGGGAGGCUCACAGCCCCCAGGCCAGCAGUAUCGGCCCCACUCCGAAGGACCUGUUCCAACCAUGGCUCCCCACACCUCCAGCGCUUCCCGCUUCCCUGCUCUGUCCAGCCCACACCAGGGUCCUGGCCACGAGCAGCACACUGCGCUGGUGUCUUUAUCAGGACCCCGGGCCAGUGAAGGGAGAGAUGAGGCGGCCUACCUGCAAAGUGGAAGCCAUUCAGCAAAUGACUUUGAUCCUGAGAAUGUAUUCAGGUGGAAUUCCAGAGCUGGGAAUACUCGGGCAAGCCAGGAAUUCAGGGCGCAUCCAGGAGUGAGUAAAGACCAGUUGCCAGACCCUGCUCUUGCUAACCCCCUCUCUCAGGGAAAUAGCCCAGAAAGCCAUUUGCACUACUCCCAGGGGACAGCGGCAAGCCGGGCCCUACCAGAUGUGGACUCGGGAGCUCUUUCCAUGUUUUUCCAAGGGGGAGAGACAGAAAAUGAGGAGAAUCUCUCCUCUGAAAAACCAGGCUUUGCGGGUCAGUCUGACUUUGACGGUUUCUCCCCAAGCCCUGGACUUGGUUGUCCUCCUGCACACAUGGGAGCAGGUGUCGUUUAUCAGGCAUUCCUCAAAGGUUCCAACGCUGAGACCGUGAAACAGGGAGACCUGCAACCUUAUUUUUCUCCAUCUGCAGGUGUCCAGCCUGAUAAACCAACCAGUAAAAAUGCCGCUGUGGGUGUGGGGUGGGGCACAGCGAGUGUGGGGGCUCAAGACGCUCACGGUCCCCACUGUGAGAAUGUUGAGAACCUAGAAUUCAUACAGAAUCAAGAAAUUCUGCCAAGUGAGCCCCUAAGUUUGGGUCCUUCCUCCCCAAGUGAUCCGCUGAGAUGUGGGCCCCUCCCUGGGCUGGCUGUCCCUAGGCUCAGUGUUGCCAGCCAUGCUGGAAGUGAGGGCCCAAAUCUCGAGGCCCUGGAUGCGACGCUGCACCCUGUGCGACCUGAUAGCAUGUCAUCAAGUCACAGCAGCAAGAGCCACAGGAGUCUCCCAGGCACAGCCAGACCACAAGACCUGGUAGGCACCUUCAUUCAGCAGGAAGUCGGAAAGCCUGAGGAUGAGGCCACGGGCAGCUUUUUCAAGCAGAUUGAUUCCUCUCCCGUGGGAGGUGAAGGUGAGACCACCGCAAGCCAGAGUCACCACAGCAGCUUGUCCCAGCCCUCAACCCCAAGCCCCCCAAAACCUGCGGGAAUAUUUCAGACAAGCGCAAAUAGUUCUUUUGAACCUGUGAAAUCCCACUUGGUUGGAGUGAAACCAGUCGAGGCAGACUGUGCCAACGUGGUGGGGGAGGUGAGGGGAGCCCCUGCCCAGCAGAGGCACAGACCGGUCGCCGCACUGCCCGAUUCCUCCCCUGGCAACCUGGAGCAGCCGCCGGAUGACAUGGAGACCCUCUUUGCUCCCCAGCUCUUUCCUCUGCCUCUUACCACACCUGCAGAGGCUGCUCUGGGGCUUCCACAUGCCAGUGGGCCUCUGUUGGAGACUGUGCUGCCCACCCCUGAGAAAAGGCCCUUGACCAGGGCUCAGGGAGCCAUGAAGUGUGAGAGUCCAGCAACGACUCUGUGGGCACAGAACGAGCUGCCAGAUUUUGGAGGCAAUGUCCUCUUGGCCCCAGCCGCUCCCGCACUGCACGUGCCCGCACAACCGCAGCCGAACGAAGUGAUUCAGCCUCCAGACGAGAGCGGGUCUGUGGCACGGCCACAGCCGGCAGGCUCUGGCCCACCUCUGCGGAACGUGGAUGGCAUAAGCACUUCUGAGAACCUUGAGAACCCCCCCAAAACAGGAGAAGAGGAGGCCCUCCCAUCACAGGCAAGUUCUGGUUACGCCAGUCUGUUAUCCUCGCCACCCACAGAAUCUUUGCAAGAUCAACCAAUCUUGAUUGCCCAGCCUGAUCACAGCUGUAACUUGGCUCAGCCCAUUAAUUUUCCUGUGUCCUUAUCGAGCCCUAAUGAGAAGAACCAGUCCUGGAGAGAUGCUUUGGUGGGGGAUAAAUCCAUGCUAAGCAGCCGGGCUGAUGAGGGUGAUUCUGGAGAAAAUGCUCCUUUGUCUGGGAUUCCAGCCGGCUUGCUGAUCUGCUCGCCUCUGCCAAACAAUGUUGCCCAAAGUAAUUUUCCCCAAGUUUCUGGUACUUCUGAACCAGUGUCUAAUCAACCUACUAAUUUGCUGGUUCAGCCGCCACCUCACCCAGCUCCAAAGAACUUAGUUCCAGAAAGUCAGAAGAUUCGUAAUGCUGAGAACAUGCUUCCUGAGGUGGUUAGUAGCGCUGCUGGUUGCACCGGUGUGAUGCUAGUGCUGCCUGCAAACAAUACCUCGGUACCCGAAAGUAAUAAGGCCCAUCUCUCCCGUGAGUGGGAAGAAAGUCCAGGAGCCUCAGACUUGACGUUAAGUAGGACUCUGGAAAAUCCUGUGGUGAUACAUAGCCUGGCCCACUCUGACGGCCCACCUUCUUGUCAGCAAACCAUCACCAAUCAUCCCAAACAACCGGGCCCUGGGGCGCAUAACCCAGACCAUUUCUACCAGCAGGUGACAAAAGAUGCGCAGGACCAGUGUGGCCUGGAUAGAGCCUCACAGGAGCCCAAAGCGGCGUUUUCAGAAUCUUCAGACCCAGGAAGUCCAGCACGGGGACAGCCCCCACACCCAGUCCAGCCACCUGCAAGUCCAGCUCCAGUGGACACAGGUCAGCAGCCACUGCCUCGGCCGCCUCGGUCGUCCAGCGCAUCGGUUGUGUCCACCAGCUCGAGCCAGGCAGCUGUGCGGUCAGACCAGCAGUGGCUGCCACCACCGCCUCCAGACUUGGCGUCCUACUACUACUACAGACCCCCGUAUGACGGCUACCUGUCCCAGUACCCUACACUGUACCCACUGGAUCCUGGCACAGCUCCCCUCUAUUACCAGGAUAUGUACAGCCUGUAUGAACCCAGAUAUAGGCCCUAUGACAGUGCUGCGUCCACCUAUGCCGACAACCACCGCUACCCUGAGCCCGAGCGGCCCAGCUCCCGGGCAAGCCACUGCUCAGACCGGCCAACUGCCAGGCACAGUUACCCUGAAGGUCACUAUAACACCAGGGGUGGAUGGAGCAGUCAGAGUGACCACUAUGCUAGCUGGUACUCCAGCCAGUAUGAUUACGGAGAUUCAGGCCACUGGGAUCGGUACCACUAUGGUUCUCGAUUCAGGGAUCCCCACACCCAUGACCGGAGGUACUGGUAUGAUGCUGAAUACGAUCCAUACAGGAAGGAGAACUGUGCUUAUGGUGACAGGCUCGAGAAAUACGAGGACCACUGGAGGUACGACCCUCGCUUCACUGGGAGCUUUGAUGACGACCCCGAGCCCCACAGGGACCCUUCUGGGGAGGAGGCAGACAGGGGCAGUGUGCGCAGCGGGGCCAGCGUGCAGAGCCGCCGCAGCAGCUUCAGCGCCCACUCUCAGCAGAGCCAGGUUUACAGAAAUCACCACGUGACUGCUGGUUCGUAUGAGGCCCCUCCUCCACCAGGCUCCUUCCAUGGCGAGUAUGCCUACGGUGCCUACAGUGAUUUCAGCAGGGCCCAGGCCUUCCCAGAGUACGACUACCCUGUGGAGGCCAGCUGGCCCACCAUGGAGCAAGUUCCAUCAAGACCGACUUCUCCUGAGAAAUUCUCUGUGCCUCAUAUCUGUGCCAGGUUUGGUCCUGGCGGUCAGCUCAUUAAAGUGAUUCCAAAUCUGCCUUCGGAAGGACAGCCUGCAUUGGUUGAAAUCCACAGCAUGGAGACCCUGCUGCAGCACGUACCGGAGCUGGAGGAGCUGCGCUCGUUCCCAGGCCCUCUUGGCAAGGAUGACACCCAUAAAGUGGAUGUUAUCAGUUUUGCACAGAAGAAAGCUACAAAAUGUUUGCAGAAUGAAAACUUAAUUGACAAAGAGUCUGCAAGUCUUCUUUGGAAUUUUAUUGUUUUGUUGUGCAGACAGAAUGGGACCGUGGUGGGAACCGAUAUUGCAGAACUCUUGUUACGAGACCACAGAACAGUGUGGCUUCCUGGGAAGUCACCCAAUGAGGCCGACCUGAUUGAUUUCACUAACGAGGCCGUGGAGCAAGUGGAGGAGGAGGAGUCCGGCGAGGCCCAGCUCUCUUCUCUCACUGACAGCCCGGCAGCCAGCACCAGCACGCUCGAGAAAGAGACCGAGAGGUUCAGAGAGCUGCUGCUUUAUGGCCGUAAGAAGGAUGCACUGGAGUCAGCGAUGAGAAGCGGCUUAUGGGGUCACGCCCUGUUACUCGCAAGCAAGACGGACAGCCGUACACAUGCCAGGGUCAUGACCAGGUUUGCCAACAGUCUUCCAAUCAACGACCCUUUGCAGACCGUCUACCAGCUGAUGUCAGGGCGGAUGCCUGCAGCGUGCACGUGUUGUGGGGACGAGAAGUGGGGAGAUUGGAGGCCGCACCUCGCUAUGGUUCUAUCCAACCUGAACAACAACAUGGAUGUGGAGUCCAGGGCGAUGAUCACGAUGGGCGACACCCUAGCUUCGAGGGGCCUCCUAGAUGCCGCGCACUUCUGCUACCUUAUGGCCCAGGUUGGAUUUGGGGUUUAUACAAAGAAAACCACAAAACUUGUCUUAAUCGGAUCAAACCACAGUUUGCCAUUUUUAAAGUUUGCAACCAAUGAAGCUAUUCAGAGGACAGAAGCCUAUGAAUACGCCCAGUCCCUUGGGGCACAGACGUGUUCCUUACCCAGUUUCCAGGUGUUCAGAUUCAUCUACUCCUGCCGCCUGGCUGAGAUGGGGCUUGCCACCCAGGCCUUCCAUUACUGUGAAGUCAUUGCCAAAAGCAUCCUGGCACAGCCACACACACACUCCCCUGUGCUGAUCAGCCAGCUGGUCCAGAUCGCUUCCCAGUUGCGACUCUUUGACCCUCAGCUGAAAGAGAAGCCGGAAGAGGAGUCCUUCGUGGAGCCCUGCUGGCUGGCCCGGCUGCGGCACGUGGAGGAGCAGGUUAAGGAGGGCACCCUGGAGUGGAGUCAGGAUGGAGCCCUGCCCCGGCGCUGCCCCAGCACUCCGAGCUCCGAGGCAGGCCAGUGUGAAGGCCGGGGGCUUCUUCCGCCAGCUGGCCUGGGCCCUGACAAUCUGCUGCUGGAGCUGCCUGUUCCCAGCGCUGAGCACGUCAGCCAGGGCGUGCGGCUGCUGCCCUCAGCUCCACCGUCACUCCCUGACGGCCAACUGGCCAGCCCCACUAGGGUGCCGACGUUCCCAGGGCCACUGCCACCCUCGGGCCCUGUCGAGUUGGGGCCUGGCUGUGCACCCACAGGGUCUGUACCUGGCUUUCCAGCACCCUCUGGGCCCGGUCCAGCAGCUGUUUACUCAGGGCCUGGCCUGCCACCUGGGGCACCGUCUGUCCAGGAAUGUGAACACCUGCAUCAGGAAGCCAGGAGCCAGGAACCAGGGCUGAUGUCCCAGGAGGCACCUGGGAGAAAGCUGCUUUCGGAACGGAAGGAAGAGGGUUUUGGUGGAAAAUCUGCUAAUCUGGGCUCCUCGAGGAUGUCACAGGAUUCUGAGGCCCCUCCAGGCUGGGAGUGUGCCAGCUUGCAUGCCCUGCAGCCACCUCAGUCCCUGACGUCCACUCCUGAAGUGAAGAGACCCGUACAAACAGCCAAAAAGGAGACCAAGGAGCCUAAGAAGAGUAGUGAAUCCUGGUUCUCUCGUUGGCUUCCUGGGAAAAAAAGGACAGAAGCUUAUUUGCCAGAUGACAAGAACAAAUCGAUCGUCUGGGAUGAAAAGAAGAACCGAUGGGUGGACGUCAGUGAGCCAGAGGAGGAGAAGAAGGCGCCGCCGCCCCCCCCACCAUCGCUCCCCAAGGCUCCACAGGCUGAGCUCCCGGGUCCUGGAGGGCCCCCCAGAGCCUCUGUGAACAUGUUCUCUAGAAAAGCAGCUGGAACCAGGGCGCGCUACGUGGACAUCUUGAAUCCCGGGAGCCUCCAGCGGAGCGAACCGGCCGUCGCCCCUGCGGAUUUCUUUGCUCCUCUUGCCCCACUCCCGGUUCCCGCUCACCUGUUCGGACCGAACUCAGAUGGAGAAGAGGCAUCGUCUGCAGAGGGGACCAGCCAGGAAGGGCAGGCACCCACCAGGGGUUCGACCAGUCCAGAGCCUGCCUCAGAACCCAAGGUGCUAAGUUCUGCAGUGCCAUUCCCUGGCUCUGAGCUCCCACCCUCCCGUGUGGAUGGUCCCCAGGCAGGAGAGCUUUCGCGCUGUAGCUCAAUGAGCUCAUUGUCACGGGAAGUAAGCCAGCACUUUAAUCAGGCUCCCAGCGGCCCCCCCACUGCAGGCGGCCCCCCUGGGCCAGUGCCCUUCUACAGCCCUGCUCAGUUUGCACAGGCCUCUGCAGCUGCAGCCAAUUCACGGAUGGGGAGGACUGACCAGAGGGGGCCCCUGGCCCUGAGCUAGAACAGGCCCUGCUUCGGACUAGUGCUGGGAACGCAGACUGAUCACCUGUGGCCUCUCCUCUGUCCCCGGCUGGACACAGCAGUCCUUCAGAGUGGUUACCUGUGGCCCUUCUCUCCUUACCACCUGUCUUCAGGAUGGACUGCCAGGAUUGAUUCCACAGCGCCUUUAACAUGCUGAAUGAGGAGUGAAUCUCUGACUUAGAAUCUUUUACCUAGAAGAAUGAUUAAAGAUAAAACGUUCUUAGUCAUUUAAGAUAAUUACACUAGGUGAGGCUGAAAGCGUCUUGGCUGCACGAGCAUCUUUUGCUCUUUAGUAACUGGGGUAUCUUGCAAAACCUAACUGUGAAUUACUACCACGUAAAUGCCACGGUUCUUGUAACUGGAAGAGAGUGAGCCUCUGACUCGGGACAGAAGCCCCGUGCCGGCCUGAGCCCUGCCUCACCACCUGCGCCCCUAAGGAGCGAAGGGGACGCCCCACCCCUCAUCCGAGUCCACGGAACCGCGGUAUCCAAUCAGCAAUAAUCGGUUAGGUGUUGAGAGAGGCCCAGGGUGCCGCAGUGCGUUUCUCUCCUGAGGCAAAGACUUCCAGCUUCACCUAAUUCUCUUGUGGCCUGACUGGGAUCACGAGGGGUUUCAUGCAACCAAAGGGGACUGGGUUUGCCCAUCCUUGGGGGCAGCUGUGUUAUGGAAGAGCCACCACAGGACUUGUGUUCAAAAUGUGACUGAUCCAGAUUAAUCAGCCACUGUUAGAACUGGGACUCAUGAGCUUGAUUUGGGCUUUUUAGUGUGUGAGUAGCCUGGUGGACUCACUGUCACUUGGGGUUGGCGUGCUCUGUGAAGUGGUUGGCACCAUACUUCCCAGCCAGUGGUUUUUGUCGCGUGAUCCGCUUGACUCGCCAUCUCUCACCUGGUUGAUGCCACGUAAGGGGUUGGUAACACCUUGAAAAAAGUGGCCUAAAAUAACCUCUUGACAGUUGCUCUGGAAUCUGCUGUUUCUGCCCUUGAACUUUUUCCCCACCAGGAUCUUCAGUAGCUAGUAAGUCACUAUCAGCCAUACGAUACUGCGAAGGAAGACCUCCUCUCGCUGGACUCAAAGCUUUAUGGCAUCAUCGACUGUUAAAAUUCUUCAGUUCUUGUUAAAUCUAAAGAGCCUGAAAAAAAAAAUGGUUUAAAUAUCUAUAGAGAUUAGGAAAUAAUUUCUGUAGGUUCUGCUGGGGGAACAUAGUUUGCUUGGCAUUUUAAAUCUAAGUGUAGAAAUUGUGUAAAUGUGGGAUCAGCACAGGGCCCUCCCAGUCUUCUGGUCCACCUGAUCAUCCAGGAAGGAUCCACAGGAUGUUUUCCAAAAUAUCUCACAGACUCGCGUGGCUGGACCCAUUUGUGUUUGCCACCCUGACAAAGGCCAGGCCUUGGCGGGGCCGUCUCGUGUCCGUCUGUCAGCACUGGGUGUGAUUUUGGGCCUGAGACCCUCCUGGCGCCCGCGGCUUCCUCCGGUCCCGCCCUGCCACUGUCUGCUGACUGCCAGGACUUUUCGAUUCAAGAAGCUUCCUUUGAGGCGGGAGCUGCUAUUUUUCCUAAAUGCAAAUUGUUAAAUAAAGUAUUUUGCUUGCAAGCA